AUGAACUCCUCUGAGGACUUUGUCAUCGAGCCUGCGGCCAUCAAGGAGCUGCAGCUCAUCGAGGCCUCCCUCAGCGAUGUCGACACCGAGAUCACGGCCAAGCAGUACCUGAUGGCCAAGGACAUCCUGGCCGCCCGCCAGAACACAAUCUCCAAGAUCCCCGGCUUCUGGGCCGUCGUCUUUGACCACGCCAGCAGCGAGCUCGAGGCUGCCGUCACCGGGAGCGACCUGGAGGUCUUUGCCAACGCGCUCAAGGGCCUCGAGGUCGGCCGCCCCGAGAUCCCCGCCUCCGCCUCCGUCAGCGACGUUGGCCUGGACAAGUUCGGCGAGCCUCGCAGCGUCACCAUCCGCUUCCACUUUGGCGAGAACAAGUGGUUCUCCGACUCGCUGCUCGAGAAGACCUUCUGGUACCGCUACGGCAAGGACGGCUCCGCCGGCCUCGUCUCGGACCCCGUGCGCGUCAACUGGAAGCCCGGCCAGGAUCUGACCGAGGGCCUGACCGACGCCGCCUACGCCUUCUGGGCCGCCCAGAAGCAGAACCCCGCCCAGCAGCUCGACGGCAUCGUCACCGGCGACGCGCGCAAGGCCCGUGACGCUGCCGCCCGCGAGCUGCCCGAGUACAAGGCCCUCGCGCAGAGGCUCGAGGCUGCCACCAACGGCGCCAUCUCCUUCUUCAACUUCUUCAGCUACCGCGGCCGCUGGACCAGCGCCGCCGAGAGCGUCGAGGCCAAGGCAGAGCUUCAGGCCAAGAGGCGGGCUGCCCUGAACGGCAACGCACAGGAUUCGGAUGACGAGGAUGACGAGGACGAGGAUUUCCCCGAGGAGGACGUUGAGACUUUCCCCGCCGGUCAUGAGGUCGCCGUCUCCAUCGCCGAGGACAUCUGGCCCAGUGCGAUCGAUUACUUCAUGGCGGACACGAUUGAGUCUGACGAUGAGCUGGAUGGCCUCCAGGUUGACGACAGCGAUGAUGAUGACGAUGACGAUGUUGAGAUGUCCUGA